GAUUUACCAGUCAAUAUCGCCUAUUGAAAUUCGUUUAUUAAGAUCCAUCGCGCAUUACACAAAAGUGUAAUGCUUCAGCAUCAAUAUAAUAUCAUCCCGUUAAUUAUUAUAAUCGUAUGUAAUAUAUACAUAUGUGACUCGAAAUCGUUCGAAUUUCGAACAUGCCUCUUUCCUUGCGCUCACGUGAUCGCGCCCACUUGACACUCUUGACAUAUGAGGAACCACGUGGUCAGUGCUCGUCGUUCAGUCGUUCGUCAUAUAUCGUGCAGAUCGCCCUAAAUGCAAUAUACGCUCUUGAGAAAUGAAAAUGAAGAGGAGCGCAAUAAUCAAUUGGCAUCCCACCAAAAGAAAACCACUAAUCAGCCAGGAAAAAAGUACUUUACCAUACUAAUAUUGCUUGGUAUAUUGUUCCUAGGUUAUAUAGCCAUAGCAAAUGAUUUAAAACCUAUGAAAAUAGGUAGCAAAGCUAUUGAUACAUUAGCAUUCUCAUUUAAUUUGCAAAAACCAUUCUAUGUUGUUGUUAUUGAUGCUGGAUCUACUGGUAGUCGUGUAUUAGCUUUCAGUUUUCAUGAGUCAAUUCUUAAUGGCAAUUUAGUGCUAGACAAUGAGCUAUUUAGUGAAAUAAAACCUGGUUUAAGUUCGUUUGCGGAUAAUCCAAAAGAUGCUGCAAAAUCUCUGACUACACUUUUGGAUAAAGCAAAGACUGUUAUUCCACAAUCUGAAUGGUCUCGUACAUUGCUGACUAUGAAAGCUACAGCAGGAUUGAGAUUGUUACCUGAACAUAAAGCUAAUAACAUAUUAGAAGAAUGCAGAAAGUUGUUUUACAUGUCCGGAUUUCAGAUUGCAAAAAAUUCUAUUUCUAUAAUGGAAGGCACAGAUGAGGGCAUCUUUUCUUGGUUCACUGUCAAUUUCUUGCUGGAUCGUUUUAACUCGGUCAGUUCUCAAACUACUGUUGCUGCAUUAGAUCUUGGGGGAGGAUCAACACAGAUCACAUUUCAGCCAAAUAAUGAUCAAGUGAAACAAUUGGAGAAACAUGUUUAUUCCAUCAAUGUAUUAAAUCAUAACAUGAGCUUAUACACGCACAGUUACCUAGGCAUGGGUUUAAUGGCUGCCAGAAAGGAAAUAUUAACUUCUGGCAUGAAUAAGGAGGCUGCAGAUCUUAAGCUCCCUUUAGAGAUACAUUCUGAAUGCAUCAAUCCGAUCAUAUCUACUGAAUGGUCAUAUGGUGGACGUGAUUAUAUUGUGAAAGGUCCAAUAAAUGGCACAUACAAAUUAAUAAAGACUCAAAAUUUUGCUGGUGAUAAUGAAAAUAAACCAAUUGUACGGUUUUCGGAAUGUUCAAAGAUCAUCGAAAAAUAUGUUAAUACUUUGACAGACAAACCAAUAGGCUUAAAAGAUCAUGAAAUAUAUGCAUUUUCAUACUACUUUGAACGCGCAACAGAGGUGGCUCUAAUAGAUCCAUUUUUGGGUGGAAUGGUGCAAUUAAGUGGAUUCUUGAAGCAAGCAAUGGAGACAUGCGACUAUCCAAAUACAGAUCAACCAUUUAUGUGUUUAGAUUUAACAUUUAUUUAUAUUUUGCUCAGAAACGGAUUUGGUUUGGAACCAACAACUAAUUUAUAUCUUUACAAGAAGAUCAAUGGCCACGAAUUAAGUUGGGCAUUAGGAGCUGCGUUCAAUGCUCUCCAAAAUGGGCUUUGAUUUGUUUUAUUGUUGAAUUGUUAGGUGCAUUUUAUUCCAGAUUUAUACAAAAGAUAAGAUGCAAGCAAAAAGGAAAAAUAAUAUUCAAAAGCAGUUAAUAUAAUGUAAAAAUUUUGAAUUUGACAAAAUGAUUCAAUUAUACAAAAGACAAGAUGCAAGCAAAAAGGAAAAAUAAUAUUCAAAAGCGGUUAAUAUAAUGUAAAAAUUUUGAAUUUGACAAAAUGAUUCAAUUAUUGAUGUUCACUACACAAAUGCCUAACAUUGUAUAAUCUAUCUUGAUAUCACUCCUAUGACAUGAAAAAAAAUAGUAUUUAAUAUAUAUUUUUAGGUAUAUGUAUAUAAUAUAUUUUUAUCUAAAAUUGUGUCUUAUUAUCUGAUAAAUAGAAGACAUAUCGCUUUUAUAUUAUCAAAAUAUUUUGAACUAUUUUAUUUUUGGAUAUAUAUUUACACAAUGUACAUUCAAUAAUUUUAUAUUAAUCUAUUAUGUUCAAUUAUUAAUCUCUUUAGAAAAUUAAUAUAUUCAUAAUGUAAAUUACAUGAUAAAAUUGCGAAUAUGUUUUACGAUAUUUGCUACAGAAUUUUUGAUUAAAAUAUAAAAAAAGUGAAACCUGACAUAUGUCAACACAUAGAAAAAAUUGCAAUUAUCAUUACAAACUUAGUACAAAUAGGAUUAAUCAAGAUUCUAAUAUCUAUCUAUUAAAGUAUACCACAUAUAUAUAAUAUUUGAUUUUUGAAUGUAUCACUGUAUUGUAUUAAGAUUUGUCAUAGUUUUAAAAUGUCAUGUUUUAAUUUUGGUCUUAAUUAUAAUAUACAGCGCGAUGCAACAAAUCAUAUAAUAAACCAUUACAUAAUCUAUAUGAUCCUCAACAUUUUGUAUAUUAGCUGCAUAUUAUAAAAAUUGAGAUAUAAAUCUAUGAGUAUGUACAUAAUUUGUGUAUAUAGUGCCUUUAAAAUACUGUUUUUAAAUAAAGCGAACAUGUUGCUACAUAUACAA